UACACCAACCACACCACCAGCUCACCACCGUAGAACCACCAUGGCUCUCUCUCUCUCCUCCCUCACCCUCUCUCUGCUCCUCCUCCUACCCCUCUCCUCCGCCUCCAUGAUCCUCACCAUCGUAAACAACUGCCGCUACCCCAUCUGGCCCGCCAUCCAACCCAACUCCGGCCACCCUGUCCUCGAACGCGGCGGCUUCGCCCUCAACCCUCUUUCCCACCGCUCCUUCCCCGCCCCCACCGCCCACUGGUCCGGCCGAAUCUGGGCCCGAACCGGCUGCAAACACAUCAACAACCGGUUCACUUGCGCCACCGGCGACUGCGGCAACAAACUCGAAUGCAACGGCCUCGGCGGCGCCGCUCCGGCAACCUUAGCCCAGUUCAGCCUCCACCACAGCCACCUCGACCAAUCCUCGUACGCCGUUAGCCUCGUCGACGGGUUCAACAUUCCCAUGACGGUCACCCCUCACGAAGGCAAAGGCACGUGCCCUGUGGUCGGAUGUAAAGCGGAUCUGCUAGCCACGUGCCCGUGGUCGUUGCAGAAACACGCGGAUGGGCGCGUGGUCGCGUGUAAGAGCGGGUGUGAGGCGUUUAACACUGAUGAGUUUUGUUGCAGAGGGCAUUUUAACAACGUGCAGACGUGUAAACCGUCGAAGUGGUCUGGUUUUUUUAAGAGCGCGUGUCCGGCGACGUUUACGUACGCGCAUGAUAGUCCGUCGUUAAUGCAUGAGUGUAUGUCGCCACGUGAGUUGAAAGUGAUAUUCUGUCACUAAUAGAGUGUUUAGGGGAUCGGGAAUAAUAAAAGAUUAGUUUAGUUUAGUUUGAUGUUUUGUGUGGUUUGAUGUAGUAGGUGUGGUCGGUGUUAUGUGUUUGUAAUUGUAUUAUUUUAUGGAAUCUUAGUUUGUGGCGUAUCAGUCACUCAAAA